AUGGGUCUAGAUGAGGAGAAGAUUAAGAAACGUCUCUCGCAGAUAGAAAUUGAUAUCGACGAAAUGAACGCCAUGAUCGAUGAGAACCUGCAAUUGAACCAACAGGAAAAGGAGAAGGAACAAGAAAUAGAUGCAGUCCAUAAUGAACCGUCCACAUCAGAGGAGGAGGUGCAGCAUCCAGAAGAGCCUAAAUGGGAAAGAGAGGAAGUGAAUGAUGAGGAAAAGGAACUCGACCAAGUGGAACUUGAUGAGGAUACGAACGAUGGGGAAAAAUCUCAUCAGGAAGAUGAUUCAGCCGAGAAACUCAUUGAUAAUGAUACCCCAGUAAGUGAAGUUCCGUUAACUGAGAAUGAAGAAGGAAAGCAUGAGGUUUCAAAAGAGAAUGAAGAAAAACCGCUUGAUGUCUCUGAAACUCUAGCACAAGAUGAUAAUAAACCUGCUGAACCCAUCAUUGAGCAAAAGGUUGUGGAAAAAGAAGAGGAACAGCCACCUCAGAAGAUAGAAGAACAAACUGUCGAGAAAGAGAAGCCUGAAAAGCCUACCGAUUCUGAAGAAUGGGAAGAAACUGAAGGUGAGGCAAGUACUGAUGAUAAUGACGAAGAACAAGAAGAAGUAGAAGACGAAGAAGAAAGUGACACCUCAGGGAGUUCCGAAUAUGAAGAAGUAACAGCAUCCUCAGAGGAAGAAGAAGACGAAGAAACUUCGGAGGAGGAGGAGGAAGAAGAGGAGGAAGAAGACGAAACAGAUGAUAAAAAAGAAGCUACACCAGUAUUAAUUAAUGGCCACAUGAUACCAGAACAUCAAGAGAACCAAGAACCCACAAACUCAGAGCCAACGUUGAAGCAUAAACCAAAUCCAAUCCCAAUUGAGGACUCGCCAUCGAUGGUAACAAAUCUAAAAGUGCAAGAGUUGAAGAAGAAACUAUUAGAUGAAGCUGCAGAAAAAUCCAAUACUACUUCUACACCUUUAUCUACUCAAAAGAAUAAUGGGGACCAUAUUCCAGGAAAACUUACCAAAGUAAUUCAAAAUAUAAAUGGGAACAAUAGUACCGUUGAGAAACAAACUGUAUCAUCGCCCUUUGAACCACAAUCCAAGAUUUUCCUUCCUAAGAAGUCCGAUUCUACCACCAGUAACAAUAAUAAGGAUGUAUCACCAACCACUAUGCGACGUCCUACAAACCCAUUCCGAGUUGUAUCUGUAGGAGGUAGUGACAAACAUAGCCCAAGCACAAGUCGUAAUGUGUCCAUGGAGAAGCCAAGAACACCAGUGGAAUGGGAGAACGACUCAGUAGCAAAAUUGCAAAAAACACAUGAACAGUUGAUAUUAAAAUGCACCAAGUUACAAAAGGAGAUAAAUUAUUUGACGGAGUUAAACCAUAAGGGAUCGUUGGAUUUAGAAGAUGGUAGGAAACUGACCAACGCGUUAGCCAAGUUACAGGAGUAUCUAGAUCGAAAGACGAAAGAGAGAUACGAAGUCGGGGUGCUGCUAAGCAGACGUCUCAGAAGAGAGAUCAACCGUGGUGAGAACGGGGAAUUCUGGGUCGGGACCAAGUGA